AUGUCUGCCAGAUAUCUCGCCGUGUCGGUCCCUUCGUCGAUAACCCCUUCCGGCCACAAGGAAGAUGCCUUCUCUUCUCUCCAGAAAACAGUCAGCUCUUCCAAUGGCGAAGUUAUAGACUUCCAUGUACCAGAGUUCAAGAUAGGAACGCUCGACGCAUUAUUACGACAGUCCGACGAGUUGGCCAAACUCGAAGGCAUCUGCAAUUCGGUCGUAGGCAAGGUUGGGGAGACACUGAGGAAUAUUCUCGAUGGAGACGAAGAAAAGAUCGCCAUGCACAAGAAUGUCAAUGAUAAACCACUUGAGCAGUAUCUGAGAAGUUUCUCGUGGAACAAAGUCAAAUAUCGUGCCGACAGGCCACUGGCGGAACUGAUUGACCUUUUGACAAAAGAAGUCAACUCGAUCGACAACGAUGUCCGGUCCAAAUACAACCAGUACAACUCAAUCCGCACGAAUCUACAGACGUUGGUGCGGAAACAAACAGGCAAUCUCUCCACCAAGUCGCUCUUAAGCAUCGUCUCUCCAGACGUGCUAGUGCAACAUUCCGAACACCUGGAAACUCAACUUGUCGCGGUCCCCAACUCAGCUGUGAAGGACUUUUUGCGUUCUUAUGAAACAGCUGCUCCCAUGGUGGUGCCACGCUCGGCCGAAUUCGUCGCCUCGGACGACGAGUUCACCCUAUAUGCGGUGACUUUGUUCAAGAAACAUGCACCUGAAUUCGUGCACAAGGCUCGGGAGCGGAAGUGGGUGCCGCGGGACUACAAGUACAAAGAAGGUGGAAAGGAAGAGGAGGAAAAAGAGGUGAAGCGCGUCGAGGCCGAAGAAAAGAGAGUCUGGGGUGAAACACUGCGGUUGGGUCGGACCGGUUGGAGUGAGGGUGUCAUGUGUCUGGUGCAUGUUGUUGUCCUCAGAGUGUUCGUGGAGACGGUCCUGAGGUACGGCUUGCCACUGGACUUUGUCUCGGUGUUGAUCAAGACCGACGCAAAGCGCGAGAAGAAAGUGCGACAAGCCCUCGAUGAGGAAUAUGCCUACCUGGCAGGCAACGCAUUUGGCAAGGACAGCAAAGGCCGGAUAAAGAAGGACGAGGGCAUCGGGUCGGCCGACAUAGCAGCCGGUGGCGAGCAGAGCGAUUAUUCGGCUUACGUCUGUUACCAAAUUGCUGUUGAUUGA